UUGCCACAGUGGCUUUACCCAAACUAAUUGCUCGCUACUGGUGGAAUGAUGGGAGUCUUGGCUUUCACACUUGCUUCUUCCAAAUGCACAUGAUCCACUAUUUUGGCUCCUUGAAUUCUCUGAUUUUAUUGACCAUGGCCCUGGACAGAUAUCUGGCCAUCUGUUUUCCUCUCAGGUGAAAAAAAAAAGGUUGAUUAGUCUCAUCUCUCUUUUCUUUCCCCCCACUCUUCUCCUGUCCAUCAUUCCCUCUCUUUCUGCCUCUCUUUCUCUCCUCAGAUACCCGACAAUGAUGACGAACCAAACCAUGGCAGGCUUGACUCUCUUCUGCUGGGGGAUAGCUCACAUCUUCCCUGGCAUUAGCACCGUCAGCUUUUCCUUGAUGCCGUUUUGUGGACCCAACAAAAUCAUACAAGCCUUCUGUACCACCAUGUCGCUCAAAUCUCUAGUGUGUGUGGACACCAGUCGACAAUACAGUCUUGCCUUUGCUUCAGCGAUGUUCAUUCUUUAUGUUCCUUUAGCAUUCAUCAUCUUCUCUUACAUUUGCAUCGUCAUCUCAGUAUUGCGCAUGGCCAAAGGACAGGGGAGAAUGAAGACCUUCUCUACCUGUGCCACCCAAGGCUGUAUCAUUUCUAUCUACUACAUACCACGUUUCUUUGUCUACGUCACACCUUUCAUUCCUAACCUGACAAUGACCCCAGACAAGAGUAUAGCUACCACCGUCUUCUACAGUCUUUUCCCUCCAGUCAUCAACCCGUUCAUCUACUGUCUGAGAACCAAGGAGAUCAAGCAAAUAUUCAGACGCUGGCUGCAGAAAAGAAAGGGUGUCAUGCCGACAAAGCAUGGCCAAAUUGUUGCUGUCACCAUGUCAAACUGACAAAUCAUCCAUCACCCUGUA